ACGGAGCCGCCGUCCCGCACCCGCGCACUUGCCGGAGAUGAACCGCGCCGCGCUGCGGGUCUCGCUUCUACUCCCGCUCCUGCUUCUGCCCGCCCUGGGCCGUGCCGGCUCCGACAGCGAGAGCGACCAGGAACACGGCGGCGAGGAGCCCCCGCAUUCCCAAGGGAAAGGCCACAGCCACUGGAGCUAUGAAGAUCUGAAGCACUGGAAUAAGGACUACUUGGACUGCGGGGGCACCAAGCAGUCACCCAUAAAUGUUGACACAACUCAGGCCAUCUUCAGCCCUGACCUGCGGCCAAUCCAGCUCUCUGGCUACAGCUUGCCCGCCAACAUGCAGCUCAAGCUGAAAAACAAUGGACACACAGUUGUUCUUGAUCUGCCCGAGUCCCUGGCCCUCACUGGUGGCUAUGCACAGCAGUACCGAGCUGCACAGCUGCACCUGCACUGGGGCUCCCCGUCGGGACCCGGCUCGGAGCACACAGUCAAUGGUCGACGCUUUGCUGCCGAGAUCCAUGUGGUCCACUACAAUACCAAGUAUGACAGCUUUACAGAGGCAAUGGUUCACCCAGAUGGCCUGGCUGUACUGGCAGCCUUUCUGGAGGUUGGGCAUGGGGAGAACCAAUACUACCAUGAAAUACUUGAGCAUCUACUCGAAAUCCAAGAAGUAGGACAAGAAACCUUGGUGCCUGGAUUCAACAUUGCAGGUCUGCUGCCUGCCAAUCUGAAAUUUUACUUCCACUAUAAUGGCUCUCUGACUACCCCUCCCUGCUACCAGACAGUCAAAUGGACAAUCUUCAACCAGACCAUGUUGCUCUCUCAUCACCAGAUGUCAAUGCUGGUUUCAACCCUGAGAAGCCCCGAUGACAAGCUUUUGCAGAACAACUACCGGCCAGUGCAGAACCUGCAUGGGCGACGGGUGCUGGCGAGUUUCCAGACUGCUCCUUCAGUGAAGCACUCUCCUGGUAGUGAUGAUUCAGCAACAGCAGAAGGACACUCCAGCUCAUUUCAUGCAGGAGAUGUGUUGGCCGUGCUCUUCGGGGUGCUCUUUGCUGUCACAGCACUGGCCUUCCUGCUGUACAUCUAUAAGCACCGCAGCCAGAAUGCACGGCUGGACUCGCCAACCAAAUCCAAGGUCAUCUACACAGCAGCCAGCACCGAGAACACAGCAUAA